AUGGCAUCCACAGUGAGUCUUAAUGAUGUACCAGAUCCGACGCAAGCAGAAUUAUCAAACAUUGGAUUAGCAGUACAAAAACUUUGGGAAUUAGAUCAAAAUAGAUUAGAGCCUGGUGUUGAUGUAAUUAAACACUCGUCAAAACCCUUAUUUAACCAUGUGGAUAGGAAAGUUAAUCAAAUACCAACAUAUAGAGCUUUUUAUGCGCUACUUGAUAAUUACAUUCCUCAAACUGGAAUCCCCGAAGUUGUUGAUGAUCAAGAAUUAAAGGAGAAUACACGAUUUUUAAGAGCAUGUUUACAAACAGGACCAUUGCUUUAUGCAUUUAAGUAUCUCCAAGCCAAAGGAGCUGUGAAAGGAAAUCUUACUGAUUUUGAAGAAGAACUUAACAAAAUAUGGUUUGAAAUGUACAGAAGACAAGGACAUGAAGAAGAUUCUAGUGCUUUUGAGCAUGUUUUUUUAGGUGAAGUUAGAAAUAGGGAAGCAAAGGCAUUUCAUAAUUGGAUUACGUUUUAUUUUUAUGAAAAAGCUGGUAAAAUUACUUUUGAAACCCUUAUACCUUUAAAGGAAGGACAUCAUAAACACAUUAAUCCCAGUGGAAAUGAGCAUGUAAUCUCCUUGCGGUUCUCUUUUGAGGGAGCACGAAAACCUUUCUCCACAUCAUUCAUUGGUACUUCUCCCGAAUUUGAGUUGGCCAUUGAAGCGCUUGCCUAUGCGCUGGGAGAUUUUGUUCCAGUCGAUACGGCCAAUCGGAUUUUUGGGGGACGUGUGGAUUUUGUGAUUUACUGCGAUUUUAAGGAAUAG